AUGGGUGAGAAUGAACCUAAUUGUAUGAUCACAGAUCAGGAUCCAGCAAUGAAAAUUGCUAUUAGAAGUGUGUUUAAGAAGAUUGAACAUCGGUUCUGUAUGUGGCACAUAAUGAAAAAGUUACCAAAUAAGGUGGAGAAAUCAAUCAUGCAAGAAGAAACUGGUUUCCUAAAAAAAUUAUGUGCUUGCGUUUGGCACCUUGAAAUUGAACCUGCUGAGUUUGAAGAAAGGUGGAACAAGGUGAUGAUUGAAUACCACUUGGAACAACAUGAAUGGUUAGGUUAUAUGUACAAGAUAAGAGACAAGUGGAUUCCGGCCUAUUUCAGAGAUUUGUUCCUUGGAGGAAUAAUGCGUACAACAUCAAGAUCCGAAAGUGAAAACAACUUUUUCUGCUCCUUUAUCAAUCCUCAUGUGUCACUUGUUGAGUUUUACUUGAGAUAUGAAGCUGCAAUUGAUGCCCAGAGACACACUCAAGGUCAGAAUGAUAAUGAUUCAAAGUACAAAUAUCCUGAGUGCAAAACACCACUAGGGAGAGAAAAGCAUGCCUCACAUUUAUAUACUAACUCUAAAGAAAAUGAAUUGGAAGUUGCAACAGUAAGUGAAGGAAAUCGGACUAGAACAUUUGAUAUUGUGUUUAAUCCAACUAACUAUGACACCACAUGUUCUUGCAAGCUAUUUUAUAGGCAAGGAAUUCCAUGUAGACAUAUGAUUUGGGUUUGGAAAGCAAAAAGGUUUGAAACCAUUCCCGAGCAGUAUAUGCUACACAGGUGGACUACUAUGGCAUUAAAGAAACCAAUUUUUAACUUGGGAGGAAACCUGUUGGAGCAAUGUGCUAAUAUAAUAGACAAGAAAAAAUUGUUAAAUCAUUUAUGGUCAGAGAUACACACUUGUGUAAGUUUGGCAGAAGGCAAAGAUGAAGAUAUUCAAGACCUUGUGAUAAAUCUUCAAGGAAUAAGAAAGGAUUUGGAAGCAAAGAGGAUUGCAAGAAAUAAUGAAACAACAGCUGGAAGUGCAAAAAACAAAGAACAAGACAUUGAGCUAUUGAUUGGAGCUAGUGUGCCAACUGAAAUAAUUUUCAAACCUCCAAAAGUUUCAAAGAAUAAAGGGACUGGAGUUCAUGUAUCAAAUGAAGAGACUUCAAAAAAGAAAGCGACUGAGAUUGAUGUGUCAAAUGUUGAAACAAGAGGUAGAAGUGCAAAAUGGCUUAAGGGAGAAAAAGAAAAGAUUGAAUAG